CAUGGGGAGUGCAAGGGAGGGUGAUAACAAAAUGAACUGAUUAUGUGUAUAUAAAGUAGAUCACAUUAGGCAGGGAUGUCAUGAGGAUUAGUGUGAUAGUGACCUUGUUGCUAAGUGCAAAAGCAAAACAAUGACAUAAAAACAAGUAGGCUCAGCACUGAGUGGAGGAGAGAGAUGGAGGCAGACACUGCAGGAAAAAAAGCUGAUUAAAAAGGGGCCUUUGAUUCCACAGGCACAAAAAUCCACAGCCAGGAAUUUGCUGCCACCUCUGAGUCAGGCAGGGGGGUGGGGGUGGGGUGCACAAUCCCAUUAGUACAGAAUGCCCAGGGGAUUUAGUCUGAGAUAAACAUUUCUUAUUUGGACCAGUGUAGACAGUAGCAAACCCAGCUCACUUGUUUCCUGGGACAGUUGAGUUAGGGGAUGGCUUUUGCAGAGCACUCACCGCUGACCCCUCACCGCCGGGACCUCUGUAGCCGCUCUAUCUGGCUAGCAAGGAAGAUUCGUUCAGACCUGACUGCUCUUUUGGAAUCUUAUAUGAAGCAUCAGGGCCUGAACGAGAACAUAAACCUGGACUCUGUGGAUGGUGUGCCAAUGGCAAGCACUGAUUGGUGGAGUGAGCUGACUGAGGCAGAGCGACUCCAAGAGAACCUCCAAGCUUAUCGUGCCUUCCAUGUUAUGUUGGCCAGGCUUUUAGAAGACCAGCAGGUGCAUUUAACUCCAGCUGAAGGGGAUUUCCAUCAAGCAAUACAUACCAUUCUACUUCAAGUUGCUGCCUUUGCUUACCAGCUGGAGGAAUUAAUGAUGCUUCUGGAACACAAGAUCCCCUCCAAUGAGGCUGAUGGGAUGCCCAUCAUUUGUGGAGAUGGUGGUCUCUUUGAGAAGAAGCUGUGGGGCCUAAAGGUGUUGCGAGAGCUUUCACAGUGGACAGUGAGGUCCAUCCAUGACCUUCGAGUCAUUUCUCAUCAGACUGGGAUUCCAACACAUGGGAGCCAUUAUAUUGCUAAUGACAAGAAAAUAUAGCAGUUAUCCCUCCUCUCUCUCCCUCCUUCCUUUUCUAAUGGAAUAUACACAGCCCUGAGGCCUCACUUUCCCAUUCUUAAGUUUUGAAAGGUUGAAAGUUUUCUAACCUUAGAGACCAUAGGCAUUUUCACGAAGUAGGGUUGGAGACAAGGACAACAGGGCAUACGGGGUGUGUGUGUGUGUGUGUGUGUGUGUGUGUGUGUGUGGGGUGUGUGUGUGUGUGUGUGUGUGUGUUGGGGCCAUAAGGGAAUGGGGGCAAGGGCAGCAUCCUUCCAUCUUAGUGCUCUAACCUUUUCUACCCACUAAGUUAAGUUUACAAGGAUUUAAUAGUCUGACAGAAUAAAUACAUGUUUAACUUUAGUCCUAGAUGACUUUUCUGGGAAGAUUGAAACUUAAUUAAAAAUCCUGGACUCCAGCCAAUUCAAACUCUUGGAUAAUAAAAAUACUAACAUUUAUUGAAUAUCUGCUAUAUUGUAGCGGUAUGCCAGGGGCUCUGUGUAUAUUAUAAUCUUAACAACAACCCUGUUGAGGGAGGUAGUGUUAUUCCCAUCUGGCAGGUGAGAAAACAAAUUAUAACUUGGUAAAGGUUACCCAACUAGCAAAUGGCACACUUAAGUUUGAACCCAGAUAUUUCUCAUCCUAAAGCCUAUGUGUCUUUCACUUCAGAGGCCUGAUUAUGACCCUUUACCACUGCACCUCUUUGCCACAGCGGGUUGGAAAAUACAUUCAAGUAUUCUAUCCCCGGCCCUGGAAAACAAUCCCCAUUAUAUGUCCUGAUAGGUCAGUAACAUAAUUGUAGUGUUAAAGGCGGUAUUUGUUGUCCACGCUUGGCAAAGACGAGAGCAGUGGAGAUGUUAAGAUUCUGUUUGGGGAAAAGAGUAGGCCCACCAGACUUCUGAAAUUAGGAAACUGAGGAUGUGCAGUAACACAGCCUGCUUUAU